UUGCUCAUCGCUGUGAUGUAAUAAUGAACAAUUCUGGAACAUAAUAUAAGUGGAACAUUCACAAUUCACAAUCCUUAGAUGAACACAGCUGCUGUAGUAAACCAGCCAAAUGUCUAAGCUGAAGAGCUAGCAAAACCCCAUUAAAUAUAGCAAGGAAUGAAUGAACUGGAAGAGACAGCCACCUCCACCAAAUUUCAAAGAUGCAACAUGGAGAGGAAAAUGAGUGCUAUGACCUGUACAAUCUUUAACGAGUUACGCCUGGAGGGAAAACUCUGUGAUGUGGUCAUCAAAGUCAAUGGCAUCGAGUUCAAUGCCCACAAGAACAUCCUGUGUGGAUGCAGCUCAUACUUCCGUGCUCUCUUCACAAGUGGCUGGAACAACGUUGAAAAGCGGGUCUACAGCAUUCCUGGUGUGAACCCAGACAUGAUGCGCCUGAUCAUCGAGUAUGCCUACACACGUUCCGUGCCUGUGACUGCGGAGAAUGUGGAACCGCUCCUGGCGGCUGCAGACCAGUUCUGCAUCCUGGGGAUCGUGAGGGCCUGCUGCGACUAUCUGGAGGCCCAGCUCUGUCUGCAGAACUGCAUCGGCAUCUGCAAGUUUGCAGAUUUCUAUUCCUGCCCUGAUCUGCGCCGCCGGGCCUACCUCUUCAUCCUGCACCACUUUGAGAUGGUGCGUUUCUCGGAAGAGUUCAUGGAGCUCUCUCUGGCACAGCUCUGUGACAUCAUCGAAAAGGACGACCUGAAUGUGAAGCAGGAGGAUGUUGUGUUUGAGGCGGUCCUACGCUGGAUCAACCACUCGCCUCAGGACCGCAAGGCCCACGUGUCUGUGCUGCUGCCCAAGGUCCGCAUGGCCUUGAUGACAGCCGACUACUUCAUGAACAACGUGAAGAACAAUACCUUGGUGAAGGACAAUGAUGACUGCAAGCCUAUCAUCAUCAGUGCCCUGAAGGCCAUGUACGACCUGAACAUGAACGGGCCCUCCAACACUGACUUCCGCAACCCUCUGACCCGCCCACGCCUGCCUUAUGCCAUCCUAUUGGCCAUAGGUGGCUGGAGUGGUGGCAGCCCCACCAAUGGCAUUGAGGCGUACGAUGCGCGGGCUGACCGGUGGGUGAAUGUGACCCAGGAGGAGAGCCCUCGAGCCUACCAUGGAGCUGCUUACCUCAAUGGCUUUGUCUACUGUGUGGGUGGCUUUGACAGCGUUGACUACUUUAACAGUGUACGUAAGUUCAACCCUGUCACACGGACCUGGCACCAGGUGGCCCCCAUGCACUCUCGGCGCUGCUACGUCAGUGUGGCGGUGCUGGAUGGCUGUAUCUAUGCUAUGGGUGGCUUUGACGGCUACGUACGACUGAACACCGCUGAGUGCUAUGAGCCUGAGACUAACCAGUGGACCCUGAUUGCACCCAUGCAUGAGCAGAGGAGUGAUGCAAGUGCUACCACACUACAUGGCAAGGUGUACAUCUGCGGUGGCUUCAAUGGGAAUGAGUGCUUGUUCACAGCAGAGAGCUACAGCCCCCAGACCAACCAGUGGACUCUGACCGCCCCCAUGAGAAGCAGGCGCAGCGGUGUGGGGGUCAUCGCUUAUGCGGAGCAGGUCUAUGCGGUGGGCGGCUUCGAUGGGGCUAACCGCCUGCGUAACGCUGAGGCCUACAACCCGCUGACCAACACAUGGCGCACGGUGCCCACCAUGUUCAACCCGCGCAGCAACUUUGGCAUCGAGGUGGUGGACGACCUCCUGUUCGUGGUGGGGGGCUUCAACGGCUUCACCACUACCUUCAACGUGGAGUGCUAUGACGAGAAAACAGAGGAGUGGUACGACGCCCACGACAUGGGCAUCUUCCGCAGUGCCCUCAGCUGCUGCGUGGUGCACGGGCUUCCCAACGUGGCCCAGUAUGCAGCCCCCCGGGACUCCCUCCAGUCCCCCCGGGAAGAACUGAAGCUCUCCGCUUCCAACAGCAUCCUGUCUGUGUGACGCCCCCUCGUCCCUAUCCCCCACCCUGACCCCUUCCUGCCCACCGUAUCCCACCUACCACUGGCAUUUACCAUGCACAAAUAAAUCCACUACUGCUUGUCCCAGAGGAAAUCCCAUAUGCAUAUAUACAUUUCUAUAUUUCUUAUUGCAUCUGCAAGGGUGAUUGUGCUAUUAUUUUCCUACUGUGUUAGAAGGGAAGAUUGACUGUACUGAAUGUGUUACUGUAAUUGGCUCAUGCCCAAUGACUCUGUGCAUAGUACUCAGCAUUGUUGAUGGCCACAUGUAUGUAUGUAGCUUAGUUCCAUAGAAAAUGAUAGAGGCCUCUAGUGGCCAAAAGACUGUUUUAGCAUUGGCAGCAACAUCGAGGUCUUCCAACACUUUAAUGUUGUCA